AUGGCGACUGCGGCAGCUCAGAAGGAAGCCCAGGUGAAACUCGAAGAGUAUAUCGAGAAGAUACACUACUCUGAUCGAUAUUCGGACGAUAUGUAUGAAUAUCGACAUGUCAUUCUCCCCAAGCCGCUGCUCAAGAUGAUCCCGAAACAAUAUUUCAGCCCAGAAGAUGCUGGCACGCUGCGCCUGUUGACCGAACAAGAAUGGAGGGGCAUAGGGAUAACCCAGAGUCUGGGAUGGGAGCACUACGAGGUACACGCGCCUGAACCUCACGUUCUCCUAUUUCGGCGCCGGAAGGAUUACAUUCCUCCGCAGCACAUCGCAGGCAAAGCAGUCAGGCGCAAAUGA